CUCCCCCCACUGCAGCAUGACUUCCUGGAUUGCCACCUGUGUUGUUUCCUCGUGUCGAGUCGCUCCGACGGGACGCCAGCAGACUCUUCUCCUGUCGAGGCGAUGAGGACAUGUCAUUCAUGGAGGUUAGUGACGUUACUCGCUGUGUCAGCCGUGCUCGUCCUGUCGGCUCAGAUCUUAGUCAGUGUCCUGAUUAAAGAGCCAGUGAAGACCAGACCCCUCUCAGAGCAGGAGCACAGGCUGCUGUCCCCCAACUCAUACCGCUACAUACUCAACCAGCCACUGUGCAGGGACGCCGGCCCCCUCCUGCUCUUCAUGGUCCCAGUAGCUCCGCAGGACGCUGCAGCGAGGGAGGCCAUCAGGAAAACAUGGGGAGCUCCAGGUCAGGACACCCUCACCGUCUUCUACAUGGGGGUCCCCGAGGGGGGGCAGGGGUCCAGCCUCCAGGACAAGCUGGAGGAGGAGAGCAGGGAACAUGCAGACAUCAUCCAGAUGAACUUCCUGGACAACUACCAGAACCUGACAAUCAAGACUGUGAUGAUGAUGAACUGGGUUGCGACCCACUGCCCCAGAGCCUCCUACGUCAUGAAGGUGGACUCUGACAUCUUCGUGAAUGUGUUCCACCUCCUCCGGUGGCUGAGGAGCUGCCCGCGUCAGGCCUUCAUCACAGGGUCAUUGAUAAGGGACGGCAGGCCGAGGAGGGACAGUAACAGUAAGUGGCAUGUGUCAGAGGACCAGUUCCCUGAAGACAGAUUCCCCCCGUAUGUGUCUGGAGCUGGGUAUGUCCUCUCUGCAGACCUGGCUGCCAAGAUCUCCCGGGCAUCCAGGUUUGUCCGCAUGAUCUCCAUGGAGGACGUGUACGUGGGGUUAUGUCUGCGUGUGCUGGGGGUCCGGCCUGUGUAUGCCCUCAGCCUGCCCACCCUCAGGAAUCUCUUUGAAAUCAGAGACUUGGAGUACGACAGGUGCACCUUCGCCAAACUCAUCAUUGUCAACGGGUUUAAGGCUCCAAAGCUGCUGCAGGUUUGGCAGGAUUUCUCCAAAGGCCACAGCAGCUGCUGAGGGUCAACUUUACCGAGUGUUUCACUGUUCAGACCAACGUGAGAACUGUAAAAAAGUAAGAUGUAAUGAAAUCAGUGUCCUGCUGUAGAGGAAAGAAGCCAUUACACACACAGGCAGCAGUGUGGACGUUCAGGUUCAAGGGUGAAAGGGUCCUGGGUAAUGCUGUAUUAUUAUAUUAUGCAGACAUUAUUCAAAUACUCAAAUAAAAAAGAGAAUAUAUCUUCACUCCAGAAUUACACCUUAAACCUCAACUCACAAUCACUGCUGCUUGUCCUUUAAUAUUGUAAAUUCAGUAUCUUUGUAUUUGGACUGUUGGUAGGACAGAACAGGCAAUUAGGAUACACUCCCUUGGAAAUGGUGCUGUGCUUGUCUGAAUUUUACAUUCGACCUAUUAAUGGAUAAUGGAAACCAGAGCAGAUGGAGAUAAUAUAGAGAUUGAAUGUGCCUUAUUUGGUUUUGAGAAAAAUGUCCAUCCUAAAAGCUCCAGGUGAUUUUGACAGUUCAACCCUCGAAAUAUUCAGAGAAGCAGCAGAUUUCUGGCAAUAAAGUGAUCGAAACAAAAUAGUUCCAACUAAUCAACAAUUUUCUUUAUAAUCUAUAAUUUUUUUUUAAAGUUGUGAACAAGGAAAUGCUUUUUGUGUUUUGUAUCAUCAUAAUACGAGUAACUGACAUUUUGUAAAGUAAAUAAUCAAAAAGACGGUUUAUUUUCACUGAUCUACAGAUCAGAACUUUCAGAUAUAUCAGUGACCAGGUGCAGAACACUGAUAACUGAAUAAUGCUCUCAUAUGCCUGAUGUUAUAUUUUGUGCACUUUAAAAGUCUAAAAGUUGCUGUAGGAAAAAAGUUCACUAAUCUUUAUUUAAACAAUGUUAGACAAAGCAUCUCCUCUGAGAAGCUGGAACCUGGUGUUCUGCAUUUUAGCUUUACUGACCGAGGUCAAAGACAAAAACGCACUAUAAGCAAUGUUGGAUGAAUGAAUGUCAGAAAUUCCUAUUUUAUAGGUAUUGUACAGUAGGCCUGUCAUAGUAGAGGUGUGAAUAGAACAUAAUGUUUCCUCUGAAUGUAUCAUAUACACCAAAGACUGUUCAAAAGUUCAUACAUUUUACUGGCCUUGUACUUAAUGUCCAGUUGGUGCCUGAUGGGUUUGGGCUCCACGUGGACAGUAGUUUAAACUGGGCCACUUUACCCAGCAAAACAUUUAUCUAUCCCUCUAUCUCUCUAUUCUUCUGUAUAUCUGUAUAUAUCCGUCCAUCUGGGCGUAAAAUAACCCUCAGCAUAUUUGUUGGGUUACUGUGCCUAUUUAUUUACAGUAUGUGUCUUAUGACGGAGUGCCUAUUUAUAUAUAUGUGUGUUGUACUUACAAAGGAGAACCAGGUGGUGGCAGUAUGUAUCAACUGCUGAGGUGUACUUAGUAUGAAUUUUAAAUCUAGAUACACUAUAACCUUUUCCCAGGGAUAAUUAUAAGUGCAAGUAACUAAAGAUGAGCCCUCAGAAAAGCCUUUAAGAGAAGUUUUUUUCUUUUCAGCUUCCACAUAACAGCAGACUGACCCUGCUCACUGUGAUUUACUAUGUAUGCACCGAAUGCCUCAUAGAUCUAUACUUAAGAUGUUUUGCUGCAUAUAAUUGAGAAAAUAGACAGCAUCUGACUAUAUGAUAUGUUUGUUGUUGAGUCUGUAAUCUAUCAACUUAAAUCAAUGUACGUCUUUCAUGUAAUGGGACAUGUUUUGAUUAUUCUAUAUUUCUUGCUGCUAUUGUUUUUGCUAUUGCCCAUAACGCUUAGCAGAUACAUGCCAGAGUUAAUGCUGUUUCCAUCCAGAAUAAAUAAAAUGCUGAA